CGCUUCUAAUUCAGAUAUUCAUCGGCCUUCCCUUUUCAGCGUAUCCGAUAGACCGUUGGAUAUCUGAUAUCUAAUUCUUAUGAAUUUUGACUCUCUAAGCACUUAAUCUCACAUCUUUACCUGAUAGGACUAAGCGCGAUUAUGUCGGACGAAUCCGAUAUCGAGAAUCGCGUCGCGUCUGAAGAAGAUGGCAGCCUUGAUGAAAUUGACUCCGAAGAAUCUGGUUCGGAAGAUGAGGCGAAUGGGUUUCUAGAUAUAGAAGCCUCCGAAUCUGAUGGCGAAUCCGACAAUGGAGAUAACGAAGAUGGCAUACUUGUGGAUGAUGAUGAUGAACCACUUGAGUUCCAUAAGUUCAUGCAAUUACCUCCUGAGCUUCGCGCACGCAUCUGGGACUUUUUUGAUCCGGAUUCGAAAGAAAAGGCGCGAGUGCUCAAGGUCGUCAUACCAAACUACACGCAUACGGUACCUGUCAUUUGGGAAAGCGAAUUUCUCGAAGAGCAGACGGCACCCUCCAGGGCGAUGUUAGCUACACAUCACGAGAGCCGUGAGAUAGCUUUGAGAUUAAACCCUGACGUGUUUUAUCUUCGCAGUGGGGGUUACAGUAUUCCAUUCAACAGGGAGAGAGACAUCAUUCUUCUCCAAACCGAUCCUUACAACCGAAAUAACCACGACAUACGGGAUAUCCUUCAAAGCCUUGGAAAUCCUAGAUUCGUUGCUUUAGAGGCCAAUUUCCCUUUAUGUGAAGAUGAAGAAGAAGCAUUAAUUUAUGGGUAUGAAGGAGGCCCGACAAACAUACUCCGCUGUAUCGAUGAAUAUGAACUUCCAGCGCAGAUGAUGCAGUGGUGUGUAUCUGAUAUCGCCAACACAUACCUCGUCCAGCUAAAGGAGGAUUUUGCGGGUAUACCCCAUUAUACGGAUACUAUGUACUGCUGGCCUGAUUUCAAAACAUCUCGAGAGCUUCUCGUGGAACAUAAUAUUUUGGGAUCUGACACUGAGCGCCAAGGGCUUGAGUGGUGGCCUAUGAUCGAGUUCCAGAAUCUGAUGCGCUUUUCUAAACUGCAAACCGCAGUAGCGACCGAGGGCGAGUGGCGCGAUAAAUGGGACUCAUCAUCAGUCGAAUCGGAAGACGAGACGGAGGACGAGUACGAAAGCGAGGGAAUAGACGAUGCGACCAUCGACGACGAUGAAGAUUCGAGCGAGGAUGAAGACGGCUUGAUUGUGGUACAGUCUAACUCCGACUCUGAAGAUGACGCUGCGUCUACCUUCGAUGGGUUUUCCCCACUGCAAAUCGCGAUUUCAGAACAAAAUGGCGAGGGAAUAGAAGUCGGCAAUUUCUCUAGCCUUGAGCCUGAAUCCCCUGUCCCCGGGACCUCUGCCGAUCUUCAUGCCCAUGGGUUAGAUCAUGAUUCGGAACAAGCACUCUCUGAUGAAGAACCUGUUCAAAAGACUACUCGACGUAAACGGCGUAUCAUAUCUUCGGAUGAUGAACAUGACGAUGAAGAUGAGCCUAAUGAAGAGGUUAAGUUUCCAUCGCGACCUAUUAAGCGCUCUCGGGUUGUCCUCUCCGACAGCGAAGACGAGGAUGAAGAGAAUGAAGAUACGAAGCAUGACCAGAAAGUGGUUGAUGGAUCCGAAGAUGGCGAAGACUCCGAAGAGCAGGAGUCUGAUGAGUCCGAUGAUGAAGAACCUGAGCCUGUAAAGGCGAAGCCAAUGUCUUUAUUUGAAAAGUUAAGGCAAUUUCGCGACGAGAUUCCAGUCUCGCCAGAUUCGGGUGCUGGUUCCGAUGCCGGUUCCGACGCUGAUGCAUUGAUGGACAACGAAGACUUCGACGAAGGCAGUGAGUCUAGAUUUUUGGACGGCGAAGCCGAUGAAGAUGACAUUCUGGAUGAUGGUGAGGGAGAAUCACAGGAUGAGGGCGAUGAUGAAUGGUGAUGCGUGGAAGAUAUUGUGCCGCUAUUCGGACUGAAUGAUAGUGAUAAUAUUCCCUACCACAGCUUCUGAUCUAGUUGUAUUCUAUUUCGAAGCACCUAAGUUACGCUAUUUGGGGUUUACUGAAUGAGCUUACGCCGAGGCUUGGGCUCUAAUGGGAUUUCGCUCUGAAUUGGCGACUCUUUGCUAUCGUUGCUCACAAUGUGGAAAUAACGAGAAACGCGUUGUACUUAAUGGAAGAAUAGGUAUUCGUUAAUGAUGACUUUAGUGGACA